AUGACUCAACAAAGCGAAACGCCUUCUCAAUCAUCAAACAUGGAGUCGACAGUCACGACUACACCACCAAAUUAUCGUUCUUCCACCAGUUCUUCAUCCUCUGAUAUCAUUAUUUCACAAGAUCAAAAAAUCGCUCUACUUCAUCAAGAUCUUCUUGAAGUUCAAAAAGCGUUGAUUUUGACUCAGUCGAAUUUGCUUGAUGCGUCUGCUAGUAUUUUGAAGAAUUCAGCUAGUAAUGCUAUCAACUCUACUACCUCUGCUGCUAAUACUACGGGAUUCGGGUUAAGUACUUAUCAAGCUUUUGUAGGUGCUGGUACUCAUGGCACCAGAGAAAGGGCGAAUAGUACUUCCGCUGCAUCGGCGUUUCUAAAAUCUGGUUUGGGAAAUCAUGAAACUCCCGUUAGAUCCGCAACGAAUAAUCCUAACAGUAAUCUUGCGAAUCGAACUAACAAUGAUAUAAUGAUGAAUCCAGCCGCCGCUGUUUUUAAUCCUAAUCUUGGUGACGAAACAGCUAAAUAUCCUUUUUAG